GAAAAGAAGGAAAAAAGCUAAGGCAAUGCAUUCCCUUUUCCCUGUGCAACUCAUCCUUAAUUUUAACGCUUCUUAAUUACUUGCUUCUCUCUCACAACUUAAUAACCAUUUCCUUUCUUUCUUUGUUUUGUGACAGAGCACGAUGAUGUCGUCGUCUUGGGCAUCAAUGGAAGCUGAGACAGAACACCAACAACAAACCCACAACGACCGUGAUUUCACUUCCUUAUGUUCUUUCAACAAUAACUUGCCUUUCAUGGAGGUUGAUGAUGUCAAUGACAUCAUGAUGAUGAUGACGAUGAUGAGAGACAUGUCUAACUUCUUCCCUGAACCAGACACCACCAACAACAACAACCUCGUACUCCUUCAUCAUCACUCAUCAUCAUCUUCUUCUUCUUCUUCUUCGUCAUCACACCUUCAAUGCUUUCUCCCUCCUCCUCCUCCACCAAACCCAUUUGACAUGCCUACCAUGGCUUCCUUCCUUGACCCUCAUCAAGCUUCCAUAACCGCCACUACUGAUUUUGGAGGUUUUCAUCAUCACAACUUGGAGGAACUAGGUUCUUGUUCUUCUUCUGGAAAACCCGCACCACCACCACCACCACCAUUGUUCUUCAACAGAUCCAAGAUUUUGAGACCCCUUGAUGAUUCUCUACCUCCAUCUGGAGCACAACCAACUCUGUUUCAGAAGAGAGCAGCACUCAGAAAAAACAACUCCUCAUCACAACAACAACAAGGUGGUGUUCUUGGAGAAGAUGAUAACAAUAAUAAUAAGAAUAGUAUGAAGAGAAAGGUGAUGAUGGAGAUGGAAGAUAAUGGAAGCUUUGAUGGGUCAUCGGCAUUCAACUAUGAUUCCGGCGAUGACUUGAUUGAAACCAAUAACAAGAAGAAUAAUCAGAAAGGAGGUGGUGGCAAGAAUAAGAAAGGGAUGCCGGCGAAGAACUUGAUGGCGGAGCGGCGUCGCCGGAAGAAGCUCAAUGAUAGGCUCUACAUGCUCAGGUCCGUUGUUCCAAAGAUUAGCAAAAUGGACAGGGCUUCAAUAUUAGGAGAUGCAAUUGAAUAUCUGAGGGAACUGCUGCAGAGAAUCAAUGAGCUUCAUAAUGAAUUGGAAUCAUCAUCAUCAACUUCAACUAAUUCUGGAAGUGGUUCAGUCAUGACAGCAGUACCAACAGUAGUAGCCUCAUCAAGCUUCUAUCCAUUGACACCAACUCCACCGUCACUCCCAACCCGCAUUAAAGAAGAGAUUUGCCCCACUUCACUUCCUAGUCCCAAUGCUCAACCUCCUAGGGUUGAUGUGAGGUUGAGAGAAGGAAGGGCAGUGAACAUUCACAUGUUUUGUGGUCGGAAAGCAGGGCUUCUGCUGUCAACAAUGAGGGCAUUGGACACACUUGGCUUAGACAUUCAGCAAGCUGUUAUCAGCUGUUUCAAUGGUUUUGCUUUGGAUAUUUUUAGAGCUGAGCAAUGCAAAGAAGGUCAAGAUGUGCAUCCAGAGCAAAUCAAGGCAGUGCUCUUGGAUACAGCUGGGUACCCUGCCAUCAUCUAACUCUCUUUUGGUCCAAAAAUAUUCUCAUUUAACUAGUUUGUAUUCGGGUCGAGUUGGUCGAAUUUCUAAUAGUAAUAUUCAAAUAUCGAUAAUUUUAUCGAGAUUAAAUAAA